GUGACAACCAACAAAAGAAAAAGCUACCAAACGGGAAUAGGCAAAUCGCGGCAAGGCUGGGUUAUUCCUGCACCGCCCUCGAGACGUCAACAACAAGACUUGUCCCAUGGUCUUCUUCCAUUUGCAAACUCUUGCCGUUAGUCGAAAAUACCACGCUUCAAAUCAUUUCAUAGGGUGCACUCCGAGGGACACGGCAUAAAAGAUGCCAUCGUUCCACUUGCGGAGCCCACUGGGGCUUGCCUUUACUUUUGGCUUCUUGUUUCUGUCUUUAAGCGGGCAGCAGGUCCCUGAUGACCAGUUCUCGCGGCGAGGGAACCACGUCGCUGCUGUUCUUGGAGAUUAUUUAUACGUCGAAGGAGGAGAGAUAGCACGGCUGGUGGAUGGCGAGGUCGAGAAACCAAACCCGACGAGGCCAGUGAAUAGCACUUUUUCCAUACCCCUGAACGUGGCCUGGACGAACAAGACAGUCGUCUUUAAGGAAACGCCCGUGGAAAACGAAGCGUCCAUGGACCACGCAUCGGUAUGGACCAACGACGACGGCAGCGGCGGCAGCGGCACGAAAAUGUACCUCUGGGGCGGCGAGAGGGCGUACGAAGCGGUGACGGACGAGGCCCGAAAUCCUCGCCUGCGCGUGUUCACCGCCGACGGCAGAGGGGGCGGCUCCUGGGGCCACGAGGAGGUGCCCAACCUGGACUUUGUGGUGCGCACAGCCGGAGGAGCAGGGGUUGGCUGCGGCGGCUUCGGGCUCAGCUUGGGCGGCUGGAGCAACAAACGAAGCGAUUUCCGCGUGCGCCACGACGGAUCCAUGCCGGUGCCCGGUCUGGUGACGCACCGGAUAACCUCGUCGUCGUCGUCGUCGCAGCAGCAGCCACAACCCUGGGGGAACGAAUCGGCACCCAUGCACCCCCCCUUUGGGACGUUGAAGAUGGGCAGGGCGGUCUGCCUGCCGACGGUGGGGGGCGACGAUGGCAAGGCGACGGGGCUGGCGGUCUUUAUGGGCGGGUCGGCGCUCUCGCGCGACAGCACGCAGGGGGCGGCGGCGGUGCUCUUCAACAACGUCACCAUGUACGACCCGACGCGGCGGCGGUGGCACUCGCAAGUGUCGACGGGCCAGGUGCCGCCGCCGCGCAUGCGUUUCUGCACGACGGCGGCCAGGUCCGCGGCCACGGGCACGUACGAGAUCUUUGUGUACGGCGGCGGGAGCACCCUGGGGCUCGACGAGGAGCAGCCCUACUCGGACCUGCACGUGCUGACCGUGCCGGGGUUCCGGUGGUUCAGGGUCGACCUCGGCACCGCGGACGACUCCAUCCACAAGCGCCAGGACCUCAGCUGCACUGCCGUCCCCGGCACGCGGCUGAUGAUCAGCGUCGGCGGCUGGGAGAAUAGCCGCGAUGCGAAGACGUGGAGCAGGCCGGAUCCGUGGACCAAGGGGAUUGGCGUCUUUGACAUGACGGCGCUGCGGUGGGUGGAUCGCUACGAUCCCGCCGCGGGAGAGUACGAGUCGCCCAAGAUGGUUAGGGACUGGUACCAGAGCAGAGGGCUGGCGUCCGUGGAGUGGAGCAGCGAAGAAACCAAGCAGCUGUUUUCCUCUAUGCUGGUUCAAGAUUCGGCAACAACCGGCGGCACCGGAGAUGAUGCAUCCAAUAAUAACGGUGGAACCCAAAAGGACGGCAACGACAGCAACAACAGCAGCACCAACAACACGCUCCCCGCAAUAAUAGGAGGGACGGCAGGGGGCGUGGCGCUUGUCGUAUUGGCUGGGCUGCUGUUUGUGCUGAUCCGACGCCGACGCCGCCAGCAGCAAAGACAGGUCGAGCCGGCGUCGUCUGGCUCGAGCGAUUUCGGAGGGGAGUGGAAACAAGCACCCGAGCAGGCCUCGCUUGCGACGUCACAAGAGCUUGCCUCGCUUACACGACCACACGAGCUGGCCUCGGCCCCCAAAACACAGGAAAUGUGUGCCGUAUCCUACAUGCACGAGAUGGAGGCCAAACAGAUCCAAGAGGUCGAGGGGAGUGGAGUGGUGCACGAGCUGGACGCUGCAAGGGGAGGGGGCAACACUGCAUGGAGGCAGUAGCACCCUUCACCGCCGAGUUGCAUUGCGGAGGAAUACCACGUAGCAUUGGGGAUCAUUCAUGUACGAAUACGUACCGGAUGAAUGAAUGAGAUAUAGUGAGGGCAGACAAUUGACAUUGUAAUCACAUUGUACGGAGUAAUCACAUUGUAAUGAAAUUGAUAAAACUCGGCAAGAAUAACAAGCACCAAUGGACAUGG